AUGCCCGCCAACAAGGCCGGUCUUCUUUUCGUGAACAAGACGCCCUUGUCAAAGUCCCUCUCCAACAGCAAAGGCGACCUUGAGAGCUCGCGUGAGAUCCACAAACAUGUUCAGAAAUCUCGCGACUACGAAAAGGAAAAGGAAAACCGGAGGAAACUGAAGAGAGCCAGGCUGUUUUCUCUAGGAUGGACUCCUGUUUCCGUCGCUCCCAGGCAAACGCCCGCCUCGGCACCUCUCUCCGUGCAUCCAGAGACACCUUCCAGCAAGGGGACCCAUUCUGUUGCCCUCAGACCCCACGUCAUUCAGAGCCGCGAGGCAGACGCUGAUUGCUGCACUCCAGCUCGGCCCCAGGACGAUGUUCCGAAGCUCUCCCUUGUCAUGCCGAGUUGGGGCUCAUUGGAUCCGUUUGGCCAAUUUAGAGUGCCUAUGAACGUUGAAAAGCAUCGAAUACUCGAGUACUUCGUUCUGAGGUUCUUCCCUGCAGUGACCCGAAGCGAUAUGGUUGCAUUCAUGGGCCAUCCUCGAGCGACCUCAUCCAGUCCUGCUGUGCAACUUAUCCGGCGAGCGUCCACCGACGAACUGCAUGUCCUUGCGCUUUUGGCCGCCGCUAGUGCUCGCAUGAAGUUUGUUGAUCGAUACCAUUUCUCCCGAGCGGAUCUACCCGAGCGGUUGGCAGAUGCAACCCUUCGACUCCUGAGGAGGUAUCUGGCGCAAGGCCGGCCAAUCACACAUGAGUUGGUACAAAGUAUUCUAUACCUAUGGGCAGUCGAGAGCUACCGGAGAAAUUGGGAGGCGGUCUGGACGCACGGAAAAAUGAUUAUGUAUCUCUGCAACCAGCAUCUCGGCGGUUUCCGAAACUUGGAUCCCUAUAUGCGCCGGAUGCUCUGGCUUGCUGAUCGCUUCCAGGCUGCUGCCACACAGACUCCACCUUUGAUCCAAGAGAGGUGGGAGACGGAAGAGCUUACGCCGCAGCAAUAUACUUGUGGAGUGGCAGCCUUGCGCGAGCACGGCAGCCAGCCAAUGGGUUGCGGUUUUACGGAGACAGAUAGCAUCUUCAGCGAGCAUUUUCAAAACCUCCUCGACACUGUUCUGGAGCUUUGUUGCGUCAUACAUUGCCAUUGGGUCGGCGUCAUUGAACAAGUACUCAUUCCAAAACGAGACUGGGCUGUUGCUCGAAGCUAUUUCAUCGCGGAUGAACUAAUCAACUUUAAAGACGGCGACGCUGGGGAUUGCCCCGAAAGCCCAGUUUCUGGGGAUCAAAGUUUUCAGGACUGUGUUCGACUGGCGUUAAUUGUUUGGAUGGCAUUCAUCCCAGCAUGCACUCCGUAUGCUGCGAGUGCGGGACUCGUCACGCUGCGGGCAGCUGUCGAUGCCAAAGCUUUGAGGAACCGGUUGGGACGGAUUAUUUCGAGUCUGCAUGAACAUCCGGCGAGUUUGAAAGAAGAGACGAUGCUUUUUUGGAUUGCUGGCUUGGGUGCUGUCGCAAGCGAACUGGUUGAGAAUCAAGAAUGGUUUGCGGUGCAGUUUCAGAGACUUGCCAAGAAGCUCGGGAUCUUUGCUUGGGAAGACUUUGUGCCGAUACAGGAGAGGUUUUUGCUCCUGGAUUAUCUGAAACCCGGGAGCCUCACAAAAUUGACGUGGCUCUUACAGCGAGCUGUUCAUGCCGAUCUUGGAGACUGA